GCAUGUCCUUACUUUUGAGAUCCUUCAGCAGUGCUGCGGUCUGCUCGUUAGCUAGCUGGGAAGAAAAGAAGAGGGAAGCGCAGCAGGAGAAAAUGGCUGGAGUGACCUGUACUUCUGCCACUUUUUUAAAACGACACCUGUAAUUUAUAGCCGCGAGUAGGGGGCUUCAUGUGUCUUUUUACAUACAUGAAAACGACGUGGAAAGUAACGGCUACAGAAUGGCAACUCGGGACGUACGACAAAGCCGUCGCGUGAUCACUAAGCGUGAGCUGCAGCAGCGCGAGCGGCGGCAGCACGAGCCGCAGGAUGACGACUCGGAUUCCGAAGAGCCCAACCUAGGGCUGAAGAGGUCAGACGACCGCGAGGCGCAGAUCAUCCACAGCGGCCACUUCAUGGUGUCCUCGCCGCACAUCGAGCACCCGCCCAAGAAGGGCUACGACUUCGACACGGUCAACAAACAGACCUGUCAGACGUACCACUUCGGCAAGACCAGCACGUCGCACUUUUCUAUCGACGCCUCCCUCACCAAGCUAUUCGAGUGCAUGACCCUCGCUUACAGUGGAAAGUUAGUGUCUCCAAAGUGGAAGAACUUCAAGGGCCUGAAGUUGCAGUGGAGAGACAAAAUUCGCCUGAACAACGCCAUCUGGAGGGCUUGGUAUAUGCAAUAUGUAGAGAGGAGGGAGACUCCAGUGUGCCAUUUUGUGACCCCUCUGGAUGGAACCAUGACCUCUGAGGCUUACCGUCCAGCUGAGUCUGUAUCCACAGAGGGAAAGUACUGGAAGAGAAGAAUUGAGAUCGUCAUCCGAGAGUAUCACAAGUGGAGGACAUACUUCAAGAAAAGGUUGCAGAAACAUAAGGAUGAUGAUCUUUCAAGUCUACUGAAGGGAGCAGAAGAGCAGUACUCCCUGUUCGGGGGCAUCUUUCCAGACACACUGCGUGUCUCCCUUUGCCAGGAUGAGGAGGUGGGAGCUCGCCACUGCGGCCGUAAGAGCCGGGACACCCCGGAGCCCAUGGAGAUGGACCUGCUUAUUGACAUGGAUGUGCUUAUGUCGGAGUUUUCCGACACUCUCUUCUCCACACUGGCUUCCCAUCAGUCCCUUGGCUUGCCAAACUCAAGGGACAUUGCACAUGCUGCUAAUGCAGACAUGAUCCAACCAGGCCUCAAUCCCCUGCAGCCCAAUGUGGAUUUCAUGGACUCCUUUGAGCAUUAUCCAGACUUGUUUCAGCGGCCCUUCAAUGCCCCCAUCACCACACCGGUGCCCCCAAUGUCAGCUAGCAGCUCACACACUCAGACCAACAUGACAUCUGAACAGGCCUCCUUGCUGCCGUCCAUCGACCUUACAGCAGGGCUUCCCUCAGUCAGUUUGGACCCUCGGGCCAUCUCUCCAGACCCUGUCUCAAUUGUCCCAACUAGGCCCAGUCACAGCCGUGCGAGUGACACUGUCUCCACCUACGCCCCGAACUACGUACCCCUAUUGGCCGGACCCACUGCUGUGGGUUCUGCUUCAGUGGCUGCUGCUACCCCUGUGGUCCAGCCCCUGCUGCAGGCCACUCCCUCAGUCCCAACUCCAUUAGCCCCCCCCAUUUUGGGUCAGGGCUCUGUGGUCCCACCCCUAGCGACACUGAACACCCAGCAGUCUCCUUCAGUCAUCACACACACAGCUGCCUCCAAAGUUACACCCAGCGACGCUGCCACCACCUUCAGCCAGGGUUCUGGGUUUCCCUCGCCUGUGGUGUCCUGUAGACCCACGGCCACACUCCCCUCACCUGCCCUGCAGCCUCCUCAGACAUUUGCCAUGCCCAGGCCCAUCCAGCCUGCUUUGCCGGUCAAGAAGCCAAGACCAGUCAAGCCGAUCGUUUCAGCCACUACCAUCUCUUCACCCCAUCUCAUCUUAGCCCCUUUCCCCGGGCAAGCCAGCACCCUCAUCGUCACACAACCCUUAAAAGCAGAGGUGGUCCCCACGACUGGCCAAGUUGCCAUUUCCUCACCAGCUGUCGGACGGGCUGGUUUCCACAUCCUGUCUCAGACGCAAAACCCCCCUCAGCUCAUCGUUCCCAAAGAGGAAACGGGCCCCUCCUCAUCAAACUGUAAAACUCCGACACCCCCAACUAAUGCAGUAAGAGACAGGCGCUGCUCAGGGCAGGGAUCUCCAUGUGGGUCAGAGCAGGCUCCCAGCCCCCAGUCGCCCCACAACACUUGUAACAGUCUGGCCAAGAAUGAGUCUAACCAGAACCGUCGAGUGAAUCACAUAUCUGCUGAGCAAAAAAGGCGCUUUAAUAUCAACGUAGGCUUCAAGACCCUCUGCGGUUUGGUUCCCACAUUGAAAUCUCAGUCGAAUUUGAAGCCGAUCAGCAAUGCAGCAACGUUACAGAAGACAGUGGAGUACAUCGGCAAGCUCCAGCAGGAGAGGCUGCAGAUACAGGAAGAAACCAGACGUCUCCGGGAGGAAAUUGAAGAGCUAAAUAGCUCCAUCAACUCAUGUCAAGAGCAGCUUCCUGCCACGGGUGUGCUCAUAACUCGGCAUCGCUUCGACCACAUGCGGGAAAAGUUCGACGAGUAUGUCAGAAGCAGAACCCUCCAGAACUGGAAAUUCUGGAUUUUUAGCAUCAUCCUCAAGCCGCUUUUCGAGUCCUUCAACAGGACCGUGUCCACCACCAGCAUGGACGAACUAUACCAGACCACCAUGCAGUGGCUGGAGCAGCAUUGCUCCCUGCCUGUCCUGAGACCCAUGGUCCUGCACACUCUCCGGCAGCUGAGUGUCAGCACUUCAAUCCUCACUGACCCCAGUCUGCUCCCAGAGGAAGCCCUGCAGGCUGUGACCGACACCCGAACGCCAGUGGGCCAGCCCUAGGAUAGAAGUUGGGGGGCAAGCUGUGGUUUCAACAAGAGCCAAUCUGAACGUUCCUCAGGGCCUGUUAUGGUCUGGUCUGUUUUCUCAUUCUCUAUCUCCAGAUGCCUCUUGGGGAAGAGUAGGUGGGGUCUCGGUCGGUGUGUCCAUUAGAUGAAGUCUGCAGUGGUGUCAAAGGCCCACACUUUGGCACAUUGUGAUCGUUUGUUUGUGUGUGUGUGUGUGUGUGUGUGUGUGUGUGUGUGUGUUUGUUUGUGUUUUUUUUCCUCUUCUCUGAGUAACUACCUACGAAAACACACAAACCAAGGAGAUAUUUGUCCAAAAUGGAAUGUAGAGUACUACAAUUUGAGAGACAGACGGACACACACACACACACACGCAUACACCAAUAUUGCUAAUGCUGUUGAGUUUUGACACUCAGAUUCAAAGGGGCAGGUUAAAAGUGAUGCCUUCUCUUCACUCUUUCCUCCAAUGACUUCAGUUUGCAUGUAGCUUUUUCUGAAAUUCAAGACGUGGCACAUGGCAUCUGCUACUUCUGACUCCUGUUGCAAGGCUGAUCCCACCACUUGAUGCGAGGUUCUCUACUACUUUCUAGUACUGAAAUGUCAGUGUCAUGCCCCCCCUACACACACAAACACCAUGGUUUCCGAAUGCUUCAGAAAGCGUGCUGGUAUCUGAUAUAAUUUUGGGAGAGUCCACAUCUUUUAACUGUAACCCACAGCUAAAUUGUGGUCGCAGUGCUGCACAGCUGACAGCCCCCUUCACGUACACUUUGCUGGUUUAUGCGGUUUCAAUAUUGAAGUGCAAGGAAAAUAAAAAGCUUUUUUAUACUUGUGCUCUCAGGGAUAUGGAGAAGAGCGUAACGGGAUUAUUUAACCAAAUCAGGGGCUUUCAUUGACAUUUCUGCAUGAACAACCCAUUUCUUUUCCUUUUUGUGCAAUUGAGUCAGCCAUAUUUCACUUUCAAAUGUUAUGCUAUGUUGUGUUCAGGUCAGUUACAUCUAUCUUUUUCGUUUUUCAGUAGCCUCUCCUGUCUUUUGUAUCAUUACAUUUUCAUCAAGGCUACUCAACGCCCAGCGAUACAACAAUGAGACCAUGCAUUGUCCCUCUGCAGGAACUGCUUUGGUCAUAUUAAACAUGCAUGUGUAUCAAAAACGACCUGAAUAAUCAAACACUGAUACAUAACCUAUCAGCUAAAUUUAGCUAUUUUUUUCUGUGCUGGUAUUUGAAUCUGUCAAAUGCUGAGAUCAAACACAUCUACAUACUUAAUUUAAGGAGACACAAAGUGUAAUAUCUCUAUUUAGUAAUCAGUUAUGCUUAGGGGUGUAAAAAUGCAUCAGUACAUCGUGGUCAAUUGGUUAUUAAGGUAGCGAUUCAAUGCAUCGGUGUCAGUCAAUAUUUGGGGGUAAAAUAAAAACAUUCUACUAGGUUGCAUGCUUUUGCAUUCAUGUGCUGCAAUCCGACACGCAAAGUCAUAAUGCCGACAUGCACAAUUCUCAAAUGAUAGAUGGCAGUUGGCCAUGUUUGUUCAUUAUUGACUCUGGGCUGCCGAUCAAGCUUUCUGUUUUGCACAAAAUAAAAUGAAACAUAUUACGCCAUUCUAGUAAUGUGCAUUGGCAAUCUCAGCACCCCCACUGCCACCCAAUCAGCUACACGCCUCCUUCGUCCCCCCCCCCACAGUUCAGUGCAUUGAGGGAAAAAUUUCUUUUUUUCUGUUUAUUAAAAAUGAUAAAGAUUAAUGUUCCUAGAUUCUACCUUUGGAUUCCAUUAGUAGUGUGUAAUUCAAUUCCGUUUAUUUGUGAAAUUGAGUGAAAACCGUUUGGAUUUAGGUUAUAAAAAUAAUUGAUGAAUCAUGUUAGACAUUACAGACUUAUGAUGCCUUGAAUCGUUCCCUCGAUAAUUGCCUUGUCAAUGAUUUACACCCCAAAUUAUGUUUAUGACCAUAUUGUUUCUGCCAUGUUUUUUAUUUGCAUAUUUAUUGUAAUGAAAAUGAUCAUUUGUGUGAUGCCUUAAUUCACUGACUACACUUUGUAGUUCAGUCUGCUUUCUACUCUCAAAGUCAAAGUCAAGUGUUUGUGCUUUUAGGAGUGACCAUAGUUUUGGUAGAUGUUGUAUACAGCACAUUUGGGCUAUGCAAAGGGGGGGGAAAAGUUUGGUUACUUUUUUUUGCAUUCACUGUUUGGAAAGUAAAGUACUUUGUCAGUUAUGAUAUUCAUAUUUCAGACCCCCUGCCCCUUCCCGUUUCCUUGGGUUAAGUCUUCCAGAGAACACAAUGUGUUCUUUACAUUGUCUUCUGUACAUUUGAUUGGCUUGUUUUUUAAGAAUGGUUUUGAGGGUUAGUACUUUGACACAUUAUUGUUUACUGCUGUCUGGUUUUAUAUGAAAAGCUGUAUAUAUUGUAUCUUUUUGUUUUUCUCAAAGUAAAAAAAAAACUUUUUUACAUGUA